AUGGAGGCCACGGCGACGCCAAGAACCCAAGAAGAAGUCAAGGCCGGCACGGCGAAGGUAACCGUGGGCGAGGUGACGCUCCGGAAGUUCGAGCUGUCCGACGUGGACGCCAUGAUGGCGUGGGCGUCGGACCCUGAGGUGGCGGCCUUCUGCCGGUGGGAGCCGUACGAGUCGACGAAGCCCCUGCUGGCGUUCCUGCGCGACACCGUGCUCCCGCACCCGUGGUUCCGCGCCAUCUGCGUCUCCGGCGCCGUCGUGGGCGCGGUGUCCGUGUCCCCCACGUCGGAGCGCUGCCGCCGGGAGCUCGGCUACGUGCUGGCGCGCGCGCACUGGGGCAAGGGCGUGGCGACGGCGGCCGUGCGGCGCGCGCUGCGGGACGUGUUCGCGGACCUGGAGCCGGAGGGCCUGCGGCGCGUCGAGGCGCUGGUGGACGUGGGCAACCCGGCGUCGCAGCGCGUGGUGGAGAAGGCCGGGUUCCGCCGCGAGGGCGUGCUGCGGCGGCACUACUGGCACAAGGGACGCGCCAGGGACAUGGUCAUGUACAGCCUCCUCUCCGACGACCCCCUCCCCGAAUGA